AUGGUGAAAUGCAUGCCUCACAUCUGGACGUAUUGCGUAUUAGUUCAACUAAUUGUCAUUAUCUUGCCGAUCAUGAUACUACUUAUUAAUGUUGUUAAUCAAACGUUAAAUGAAUCACACAUAACAAUAUACCGUUAUAUCUCGCCGUAUGUCAACGGACUACUAUUGGGAUAUUUUGUCGAAAAACAAUACGUAACCAAAAUCUACGCCAACCGAACCGUUCGCAAAAUUAUCGCGUUAUUAGCCGUCUGUUUGACCCUAUCUUUUACCGCUCUAAUGCUAAGACAGAGCCAAUACUUCGGUGACCUCCCGGUGCUCACAGCCCUGGAGAGUGGACUCGCAGUGAUCGGGUUGUCACUGAUUUGUGGCUUUAUUAUCAUUAGCCAUAUGGAGAAUACUACAUCGUGGUUAAGCAAAUUGUACAUGGCCCCAUUUUGGCGGCCCAUACGCUCCAUACAACAGACCUCAUAUCUGGCACACCCUAUACUCGCCUAUUAUUUGGCGCAUCGCGAUUUGGACCAUAAUUAA